UGAAACAUAACAGGGUUGGUUAGUUUUUAUGAUGCUUCAUUAAAAAUAGGGAGAGUUGGAGUUCGUCGGUUGUAGAAUUCUCUGUUGGAAAUCUUCGUUUUUCUAGUUUCUUCAUCUGGGUUGUCGUUGUUGUUGCUGGUCGAGGUGGUGGCGUCGGCGGUGGCUGUGUCAGCAUCUCAACUUUUCAGAAAUGGCAUACAGGAGAAGACAUGGAAUAACGAAAUCAUCCACUUUCAAAGAGGAGAUUUAUCAUCCACCAGACAACAACAACAUCAAUAGUAACGGUGAAAAUAUUAUUAAGGCAUCACUUCCAACCUUGAAAACUUCUUAUUCGUUUUCACCAUCAUCAGCAACACAAUCCUUAGCGGCUCAGGUGAGCCCUGCAUCAGCCGCUCAUCGUGAUUCAUCUCCUUCUUCUGCACACCCUCUUUUCCCAUCUGAGACUCAAGAACCCAAGAGUUUUACUGCCCAUGAGGAUGUAUCGGCAAGAGAUGACUCCAAAGGAUUUUGGGGGGUUCUAGCCCGGAAAGCCAAAUCAAUUCUCGAGGAUGAAGAGUUAUCACCGCAAUCUGGAUCCCCGGCAAAGUCUAGGUGGCAGAUGUCCGAGACCUCAGCAGGUGUCCAGUCCCAGCAACCAUUCCAAUCAUCCGCCGGCACUGGAAAUUGGGACAAUCCUAGACUGCAGGGGGGCUUGGAUAGAAUUGCAUCUUCCCUUAAUCAAACUGGUGACACCUUUGAAAAGCCUUCUGAGGAAGGUCGAACGAUUGCGGAAAAUAAAACUGCAGAUGUUACUCAAGAAACCGGUAAGCUUCAUAUUAGGCAAAAAGGAAGCACCAAUGAGGAGCAAAAUCGAGCUCCUGCUGCAAAUAGCACAUGGCAGCCUGUAAUGCAAACAACACAGUCACAGAAUCAAACUUCCCAGGAAACAAAACUCAAGGCAUCUCGCGACGUUGCAAUGGCGACAGCUGCAAAAGCGAAACUUCUUCUUCGGGAGAUAAAAACUGUUAAAGCAGAUCUGGCUUUUGCAAAGCAAAGAUGUACUCAACUGGAAGAUGAGAAUAAACUCCUUCGCGAGAGUCGUGAGAGGGGGCAAAACCCUGCAGAUGAUGAUUUGGUUCGCCUGCAACUCGAAACUCUUUUGGCUGAGAAGGCUCGACUGGCAAAUGAGAACUCGAUAUAUGACCGCGAGAACCAGUUCCUUAGGGAGAUUGUUGAAUACCACCAACUCACAGAGCAGGAUAUUGUGUAUUUGGAUGAGGGCAGUGAAGAAGUGACAGAAGUUUACCCCAACGUGUUCUCUGAUUCCCAACUUGAAGAAUUGACAGAGGAAAUCUUUCCAGUCCUAUCAGAAGGAAGAGAUGAAACUUCACAAAAUGAUGUCCCAACAAAUCUACUACCUAGUACCACCGAGGUACCUGAAGAAAAUGGUGCAAAAAAACCCUCCAAAUCAUCUGUUUGAUUUUUAGUUUUAUUCAAAUAGAAGUUUGUACCAUUUGUUCCAAUGUUUUGCUUAUCUUCAAUUUCUUAUUUUUUGGAAUGAGUUGUUCUUAUUUCAAGCACGUAA